UUGUUAAAAUAUGAUUUAAUUGCCUAAGACAUAACAUAGCAGAAAAACAAAUACAGGUAAAUGCGUAUUUUACUUUUGGGAAAUUGGAAUAACCAGAGCAAGUCAAAACAAAUAUUCCAGAGGAAAUUCAGCAGUACGAUCUUUGGAAGGAAAGAGUUUUCCGUGUGGGGAUUCCCAUUUGAAAGGAGUGCCAUCAUACCAACUACAGCUCUCACUUAAAAAAACUCAAAGCAGGUGGAGUCAAAACAGCACCAUGUGAUAAAGUCCAGGUGUUCAGAAAGAAUUACCCUGUGACAAGUAAAAGCACUUUCACAAAGGACUGUGAUGAAGACACAUUUUAUAGCAGCGGAUGCACUCAGUGUAAGCUAUGGCAUUAUCGAAUUAUUCUACGGAUUUCAGUGGUUUAUUGGACAAACAGCAGAUUGAUGCGCUCUCUGUAUUGUACACAGUCUUGCUCUCUUUCAGUGUAACUGGGAGUUGUUCAGUCUUGCUGGUUUCGGCAGUAAGAUGGAGAUAUCUGAGAGGGCAGGUGCAGCUCCUGGUGCAGCUCGCUCUGGCAGACCUGCUGGCUGCUGUCGUCCUGUUGUAUACCAGUGUCAUGAACAAAGUUUACCCUUACAGUAGUGUCACCGCCUGUCCAUACCUCCUGCCGCUGUCACUGACGUUUUACUUAAUUUCAUUCUUGCUGGUGGUUGUUUAUGCCUGGAAGUCGAAGAAUGCUAUCCAGGGGUGGAGGGAAAGAGCUGCGGAUGAUGAUGAACAUUGCCAGUGUGACAGAAACAUCAUAGAAAUUCCCGUGUAUGCCUUUGUUUGGUUGGUCCCGUUUGCAUUUUACUUCACUUACGUAUGCACUCUGUUGAUAAAAUUAGCCGCAUUAGUUCCAACAAAUGAUGUAUCACAAGAUGGGCUCAUUGAGGAUGGCAGCUCUUACUGCAACAGCUGUAUUCUGUUCUUGCAUCUCUGGCAGGAUCCUUGUGCCGAUGCGGAUGCCCAACACAAUACUUUCAUCAGAGUUUUCCUUGUCAUUACAGCGGUAACAGUGAUGUUGUCUUGCUCUGUCAUUUAUUGCAAAGUCAGGAAGUGGUACGAAAGGUACAUGCAUGAUGGCCUCUUCCCGGUGGAGGGAGAUGGGCAUUCAAGAAGGCAAUUGAAAACAGUGUUUUCUACAGCACGAAACAUCGUUCUAGUCAUAGUAUUCUGCUGGUUGCCAGCUCUUCUCCUCCUUCUGAUGUCUCUCACGAUCCGGAAGAGCGUUAAACAGAGCAGUCUAUAUGGACUUUAUGUGAUACAGGCUGCCACCAUAUCCCUCCAAGGAUUCCUAAACAGUAUGGUUUAUGCCUGGAGACGACCCAACUUCACAAACGCUGUGCUCGGGGAAAACACGCCCCUGCUGAGAUAUAACCGCAGGGCCUUUUUUGAGGAAUCUCUACGAAGAUGACACACUAAUUGUACUAACAGCUAUUGUUAUUCUAUGACUUGCUGCACUGAUCUCAGAAGGACAACCUGGACACUUUAUGACACUAUGGCUGUCUAGACUGAAACAUACUGACUUUGUGUACUGAAAUUUAAAAAAAAAAAUGUUUUUUUUAUUUGAACUGCUGUGAAUUGUGUCAUCCUUGGAUUAAUGUCAUAUUUAUAUGAUUAUAAUUUAGGCCUAGAUGUAUUCAGGAUAAAUUAUUAUCUAUUCGUUAAUUUGCUGCUUGUGUACAGCAGUAUUGACUGUUGAAGAUAUAUAUAAAAAAAUAAGUAGAUACCAUCCUUAGUAUUUUGUGGUUCGUCUCAUGCUGCUGUAUCUAUCUUUCUUUUAACACAUUUUGAUCGAUAAUACGCUUCUAUUAUUAUCCAUUUUAUAACUGACUUGUUAUGUUUCCCUUUGCUUUAGAGGUUAAAGAGACUAUGUGAAUCUUGUGGUGGACGUGUUUUUAUAGCCAAUGUUAUGUCAUCAGUUAUGGCAGUGAGUUCAGUGUUUGGACUCUGUAGGUGUCAGGGCACUGAGGAAUGCUGUGUUUUUACAGAACUGAAAGGGAACACAGUAUCUGCUCUGUCACAACCGUCUGCGACCACAGAUCUUAACGUACCGCGUAAAAGGAGCUGUGUAUGUUUACAUAGCAGGGUCACACAUGGGGCAUACUCACACACGUGUUGCUCUAAGUGUAAUACGCACUCACUGUCAAGUCUUCAAGAGGAUAGUCUUCCUUUGACUUUUUCUAAGGAUCUGUCCAUGCUUAAUUCAAGCAAUGGGGGAUGAAAAUUACAUAUAGACUAACCAGCCACUUUCAUAAAGGUAGAGUGGACGAUUUUUCUGGAAAUGUAGGUAAUAAAUGCACAAGUCACUUUUUUAAAAACUGCGCAUGGACAAGAUCACUUACCUGCUCACGUGAAAGAAUCUCCCAAUUUUUUUCUUCUAAGGCCUUCAUCUUCUUCUCAAUAUUAUACAUAAGGCACCAUGACAAACGUUCUUUUGGCACUUAUUGCCAGUAUCAAAGUUAGAAAGAAGCUACAGUAAUGCUUUCAUGACUUGCAACUAAUGGGUGUGUGCAUGCUGAGUAAUAAAGGUACAUCCAUGUUUUAUGGACAUCAAUCAUUUGCAGCUUUGCUGCCUAGUAAACAUGAAUGUGUUACCAGCAAAUACAACAGUGUCUAAAACAAAUGAUCAUCUUUCACAAAAGGUUGUGUGACUCAACAUAUUUUCUCAUUGUAUGUGCUCUUUAUGAGUAUGAAUGUCUUAAAUAUCACUGCUGACAUUUAAAAAAACAUUUAUUUAUUUUUUAAUCGGCACUCACUUUCCCAAGUAAAGGUCUGUCUUCAUGCUCAUGUCGAGGACAUUGUUUACCCCAAUGCGAAAAAGUAAAGAGCUUUUCUAAGUGAUCAGCUUAAACUCCUGAAGAAGCACUUCUACAUGUUUGUUCAUGACAUCUUCAAAGAUAAUGCCCCAUGGUAUGUGAAGUUCCUCCGGACAAUAGCACAAUACCACACUUUUCUUUACUUUGUCCACUAUUAUUUCAGACCAAAAAAGAAAUACUCUAAAGUGUUUCUCAAACAAUAAAUUCACUGACAAAAGGAACUGUCCAUCGAGAAUAAAAGUGAUCUCAUCACAGAUCAAAAUUGUUGUGUCAUUUUCCUGCUGUAAAAGUUGUAUCUCAUGCACCUGUUGAUCUAGUUUCACAAAUGUAACAUUGAUAUGACACCUAUUCAUUCCCAAUAAUGUUUUUAUGAUUAUUGUGUUGAUAUUUUAUGGGACUGAUGUCUGUGUUACAGGUCUCUAUUGUAAAUGAGACCACCAGUCUCAAUGAGAGUACCUGUCUAAAUAACAGUAAAUAGAUAAAUUAAAUGGGCUGUUGAACAAAAACUGACACUUACUUCCAAAGUGUCUAAUAGAUCAUGUUUUGCUCUCUGUGGUAUGAGAAAAGGACAUUUUUUAUCAUUUUUCCUUUGUAAGAUGAAUGUUGGCAAACAUCUGCACAGCACUGGUGAUUUUAGGGCAUAGCAGCCCAAAGGUUCAAACCCCUGUUCAAUAUAGAUCAGCUUUGCACAGGCGAAAAGGUCCUGUCAAUUUUUCUUCAUUAAUUUUCCACCAGGUAAAUUUGCUAAAGAUGGAUAACUGACAGAUUUGAAAUUUGCCAGCUAAAAACUCCUCAGGUUUUCUUAAAUGCAGUGGCAUAUCUGCAUUUAAGUACCAGAUGAGAAAAAUCCCAGAAAGGUCAUAUAAACAAUAAAGAACAAGAUAAUAACACUUCUCUAUUCUUGUAUAUUCACAGCUACUGGCUUUUGGAUUAUCCCUGAUAUAUUGCUAAACGACCUUUUCUCAUGAGUCGGGCAGUAUCAACUCAUGAUGUAUCUAUGGUAAAUUGUGGAAUAGUUAACAAAGGUUUAUAGCGUUUUGUAAAGAUCUACUUGCCAGUGGGAUAUAUAACACAGCACUAAGCCGAUUACUUUCAUAGGGGAAAUUCCAUCUAUCAUACCUGAAAGACACAUCUGUUAAAGAAAUCGGAUCAAAAUACUCCUCCCUCCUGGGAAAAUCCAGCUGGGUCAUAAUCAAAGGCAAGAUGGGAUUUCUCGUUAAUCUACUUUGUAGCAUAUUUCUAAUUUAUUUGAAUUGACACAUUAAUAGAUCAAACAAAACCUGAGUAAACUUUUCCAUUGAAUUUAGACUUUAUCUUGAAACGUUUUGUGUAACCUAAAUCCAUUGUUCACAAAAAGAUAAAUAGAACCCAUCUUAAUAUGUGAAAACUUUGACCCCAAUGUUUCACAUAUAGACUAGAGGUUUUACUAAUCACAAGGCCUGCUUUAAAGUAUAUCGCUGUAAAGUAUAAUCGCUGUAGAAUAAUUUUGUCUAGGUUUCACUGCUUUAUAUAUGGUGUAGUUUUCACGCUUGGGCCACUUUAAGGUGAACCCGACCCCGAGAGAGCACAGAAAUGACUCUGUUCUGUGCUUUCACAAAAUCUUAAAUUGCGUUUUAAAUAAUGUCUAGCGUUAACAAUCCCCUUGCAGUUGACCUAUAUUGAAAACGAAGUGAAACGCCAUGUCGAAUGCAAUAAAUACUCUUAAAAACACCACAGAAAAAGUGCUUUGAUUCAAAACCAAAUCAUAAUUCCCAAAUCAGAUACCAACCUCAGCUUCAUUAGGCUCCCAGCAUACAGCAUCAUGUUCUAACAGUACUUACACUGU